ACAUAGCGACCAAAUUGUUGGCAAACCUUUCGUAAUUAUUUACUCAGUCUUAAAAGUCAAGUGCAUUCAAAGUGCCGGACAGUUGUUUUUUUUUUUAGGUUACCAUGUAGUUCUCUAAACUAAGACUGUCCAAACAUUGAACCAAGCCAUAAUUGUAUGAGUGUUAUUAAGCUACUCAGCUUUUUGCAAGCCUCCAUGCAGUUCGUGUAGGAAACAGCGGGUACUUUGUUGGAGCAAUGCUUGCAGCUUGCACACAGCCAAGCAAAAACUCAAAGCUGUCGGAACCGCGAAGUCACACUUCUCACCUGUCCUCUUGCUCAGGUGAAAAAGAGCCGGAAGCAGCCAAUCAGAGUUCUGAAACAGUGGCAGGGAAUAUUAAACUGCUGCUAAACGAGUUCAGAGGACUUCACGAGCAGAGGUUAAGAUGCUUGGAGCGGGACACCUCUGCAACAGGGGAACUUUCACAGAAGAAGGUGGAUUUCCUGCAGUCCUAUGUGAAUGACCUCACAGACCAGAUCCAGGUGCUUGUUCAGACCAUUGAGGAUUUGCAGAGAGAAGCUGGACAGAACCAUGAUCGUGUUCUGGGUGUGUCUGACUUUGGGUUGAAGCCUUUGUUGCUGGAUGAGGUUAUUGGACCUGUGGUUCACAACCCACCAAGCACUGGUUCCUUGGACAUGAUGACAUCUGAGAUGGAAGAUGUGAAAGUCCAGCUGCAAACCAAGGACAUUGUCAUCUCGGAUCUGGAGAGGGAGCUUGCAGAGAAUAUACAACAAAAGCACAAGACUGCAACGCAGGUGCUGGAAAGCGGCGAGAGGCUGGUGCACCUGCAGAGCGAGCUGUCUUGUCUGCGGCGGAUCCACGAAGACAACAUGAAGGAGAUUGCUGAGAAAGACAUCUGCAUCACCAAACUGCAAGCUAACAUUCAGCUCCUGCAACAGGAGGGGGCUGACACGCGGGCUCAGUUGGAGGCCAGCAGAAAGCAGGUGGAACGACAGAAGAGGGAGUUAUCAGAGUUUCACCAGAAGGAGGAGACACUUCUGUGUGAGGCCAAGGCCAGAAUGGUGCAUUUGAAGGACAAGCUGAGUGCCUGUUUUAAGGCACGGGUGGAGGAGAAAGAGGCGACGAUUAAGCAACUAAGUGAGGAGCUGAAUGGAACGAGGAAAAAGUUACAAAUAAGUGAGGUUAUGUUAAAUGAUAUCACGGAGACCCUGGAUCAGACCACCACCAGCCUGAAUGCAGACAGACAGCAGAUCUUGGGCCAGCUGCACCAUGCGAGCAAAGAGGUAGAACGUCUACGGCUGGAAUUAGCGCACGCACGUCGCACCAGUGAAAAGAAGAUACAGAAGAGAGAGAUUAAGAUGUGCACGCUGAUGAAGGCGCUCACAGAAAGUAAGGAGCGACACUCAGAGUGUCAAAAAGAGUUGCUUCGAAAAGAAAAGGCUUUGGAGAAGCUGCAGGAGGAGAGGAACGAGCUGAGAGCCGCGAUGGAGGACCGAAGCAGAGAGUGCGUCCACCUCAACCAGAGCAAAGCCGAAGUGGAGGCUGACUUGGCUCUGAGCCACGAGAAACUCCACACCUCACACCUGGAGGUUCGAAGCAGAGAUCAGUUAAUUCUGCAGCUCAGAGCUGAAAUGAAGGCAGCUGAACAUAAGCAUGGAGGAACACAGAACCAGGUGACAGCGCUGGAGGAAGAGGUAAGACGCUUAAAUCGCACCAUCAGAGCACACAAGGAAGAGGCCUGUCAGUUAAACAGAAAGGUCAGAGAUAUCGAGCACCUUAAAGACCAGAAGGAGAAAGAACAGCAGCAGCUACAAGAGCAGCUCCGUAUUAGAGAGCAGCAGGUUGAUACAUUUGAAAAGAAUCUGGAGGAGGAGGAGGAGGUGGGACGUCUUACUCAGCAGGUGAAAGAAUUAAAGGAUGAGCUCAAAGACGCCAAUUUGCAAACCCAGGAGCAGAAAGAAACAGCCGCAGUUUUCAAACAAAAAUACACUACAGCAUUAGAGAAGGUGCGCAGGGUGCAAGAGCAUGUGCAACAUCUGGAGGAGGAACUACGAUAUCCACAGGAAAAGCUAAGAGAGUCGCAGGUAGCAACUUCUGCAUUGAAGGAAGAGUUGGCAGAGCUGGAACGCCGGUACCAGGAAAAGGUUGGUCAGUGGGAGAGUUCACAGGAGGCUCUUGACCAGCUGACAGAUGAACUUCAGGCCAGUCACAACCUGCUAAGAGAGAGUGAGCAAAAGGUGGAGCACUUCAAAAGCCUGGUGAGAUCCCUCGAGGAGCAGAUGGAUGCAUUCAAUCAGCAGAAACUUGCCGUGGAGUGUGACCUGCAGCUCUAUCAACAGAGCCAUUCUCAUUCUGAUGAGGAGUAUUUGAGUCUAGUAAGACUCAGACAGCAGCUGCAGAAGCGCUGUGCAGCGCAGGUUGAACACCUUGCGGUGUGUGAAAACACUAUUCUUCAGAUGAAGUCAGAGCUGGAGAGACAGUAA